AUGUUUGCAGUCUUUUUGGCGGUGUCCAUCAUCGCCACCUGCGCAGGGACAUGCACCAUGCCUACGAAUGGGGCUUAUGAUGUGGCCGUUUCUGGAUCCUACGCCUACGUGGUCGCAUAUGGUGCCCAGACGCUGUCGGUCGUGGACGUCUCGGAUCCCACCAGCCCAACGAUGGCGGGAAGCCUUGUAGACGCCACAGACCUGAAUGGUGCGCAAGCUAUCAACGUUGUGGGCAACUACGCCUACGUCGCCUCCUACCUGUCGGAUUCGCUGACAAUCGUGGACGUCAGCACACCGACCACCCCGACAAAGGUGGGUAGCCUCAACACCAGCCCCUCCGGAGACAUGAACGGCGCCCAUGGCUUGGAUGUCUCAGGCAACUACGCCUACGUGGUCAGCAGGCUCAAGAGUUCCUUGACCAUCGUCGAUGUCUCUGACAAAACCAACCCUACCAAAGCUGGCUACCUCUGGGACAGCCCACGGUUUACCUGGGCCCGUGACGUUGCUGUGUCCGGCAACUACGCCUACGUGGUGGCGUCGUCGCAGUCCUAUGUCGCCGUGGUGGAUGUGAGUGAUCCCACGACCCCUGCCAUUGUUGGAGAAGUGCAGGACACGACCAACAUGGGCGGUGCUUGGGGAAUUGCGCUCUCGGGAAACACUGCCUUUGUAGCUGCCCAAAGUGGCGACAACAUCGUCUCCGUCGACAUCUCCACGGCCGCAAGCCCGUCCGUCCUGGACUUUCAAGGGGACACUGCGCUGAACGAUGUACGGGCCUUAGCCCUCGACGGAUCAACGGCCUAUGUGAGCUCCUUUGGAACGGCAGAACGUGCGGUCGUGGCUGUGGACAUUUCAGAUCCCACGAGUAUGGCGGUGCAGGGGUCGAUCACCGAUUCCACGAACCUGGCCGAUGCCCGGGGCAUCACGGUUGACAGCAACUAUGUCUACGUGGUGGCUGACUCCAGACUCGUGAUCAUGGACAAGUGCGCAGCCGUGACUACCUCAUCGACUUCCGCUUCGUCGACAACCACGGUUUCAACAACGCUAUCAACAUCUUCCACACUCACAUCGGCUACAUCCACCGCAUCCUCAUUGACAUCCACAUCCGUGUCCACAACCGCGACAUUGACUUUAUCCACUUCAGGAUCAUCCACGUCCACGUCGACGUCAUACACAACAUCAUCCACGGCCUCGUCAACUACCUCGUCCAUCUCCUCGUCAAUGACCUCGUCAACAACAGAGUCAACAACAAAGUCAACAACUGUGUCAACAACACAGUCAACAACUGUGUCAACAACAGAGUCAACAACUGUGUCAACAACAGAGUCAACAACAGAGUCAACCACAAAGUCAACGACAGAGUCGACAACAGGGUCAACAGCAGUGUCAACAACAGGGUCAACAACAGGGUCAACAACAGCGCCGACAUCGACAUCAACACCUUCCGCUCCCGGCGCGUCGAACGAGACGGGCGGCAACGAGUCUGCGGUGGAAAGCGCCAAUGAAGCGAAUGAAACGCCAACAAGCACUGCGGUCCAGGACGCACCUCAAGAAGAUGCGCCAGCGCAAGCAACCUUCGACACCCCACUCUUCUUGUUAGUUGCGGGUGCUGCGAUCGUUGUGGCUGGCCUUGUUGGCCUUGGCUAUUGGUACUUGCGGCAACCGCAGGAUCCGCAGGCGGGCAACAGUUCCCAGCUGCCAGCAGAGGCCAGCGUCUGA